AAUCAAAACCGUGUCCGUGUUCAUCCAAAUCAUCCGGUCUUCGAGAGAGGUUUGGAAAAUGUGAGGAAACUCACCCAGCAUGUCAAUGUAGAAUAUGGAUCAAGAGCCAUAUUCUACAUUAUUGAGCCACAUAUAUAAAAUAUAAAAGAGCCCCUCUCACCAAAGACUCAACAAGAUAGGCGUGUGUUAUUCAUUCCUCUUCCUCGUAAAUCGUCAUGGCUCUACAGGCUCCCACUCCGUCCCCAAGUGGCACACAGUUUGCCUCUCCUGUUCCUAUCAUCGGCCCUCAGUAUUGUGCUCCUUACCCGGUAGAUCUUGCAAUUGUCCGAAAGGUCCUCACCAUUUCCGACGGCAACUUCGUUGUCACAGACGUCAACGGCACCGUCGUUUUCAAAGUCAAAGGAAAAAUUCUAACCAUUCGUGACCGUCGAGUCCUACUUGAUGGUGCCGGAAAUCCCAUUGUCACUCUUCGACAGAAGAUCAUGAGUGCCCAUGAUAGAUGGCAAGUUUUUAGGGGUGAGAGCGUCAAGGAAAGUGAUCUAAUUUUUACCGUUAAGCGAAGUUCAAUCCUCCAAUUGAAGGCCAAAUUACAUGUGUUCUUGGCAAAUAACACAAAGGAAGAUGUUUGUGACUUCAAGGUUGAAGGAAGUUGGUUAGAAAGAUCAUGUGUCAUUUAUGCGGGAGAAUCUUCCUCAAUAAUUGCCCAGAUGCAUAAGAAGCUAACUGUCAAAAGUGUUUUGAUCGGAAAGGACAACUUCAGCGUGACGAUUUAUCCUAGCGUUGAUUAUGCAUUCAUAGUUGCGCUGGUGGUGAUUCUUGAUGGGAUUAACCACGAUGACGUUGAAUGAGACGAUUUGAAAUUGCAAGUAGCAGGAGGUUUUGAUGCGUGUUUGGCUUGGUCUACUCUGCUAUGUUCGCCACCAUUGCACUUAACCCAUUUUUACUUAAAUAAUGUGGUUGGUACUUAGUUGAAUAUCAUAAUAUAGUUAUCCUUCUUUUGUGAAAUAAGCAGGAGGUUUGCUGUAGAAAUUUUGAUUAACAUUUACAUUGGAGACUAGUGCUCCACUUGUUUUGA